CAUCCCUUUUAAGAGAUGACCUGGCUUGGCGGGUGGGCCUGGCAGCCUCCACUCGCGCUGCUGGACCUGCCCAUCUCAGAGGGGCCUGCUGGCCAUCCCUGCAGAGGGAAGGGGCCUGGCUGUGGGACGGCACCCACAGGAACUGAUGAUCAGGGUCCCCACCUUCCUCUCUCACCCAACCUGGACGCCACGCCAGCCUCUGGGGAUUUCCGACCCCUGCAGCCAGAGCUUGCUCUGCUGCUUUGCUGUGGGAACAACGCCCUGUGAUUGGCAGGAUGUGGAGCAGCAUCCUGGACAUCAGGAGCACCCCAUCCCCCAGUCAUGACAACCCCAAAUGUCUCCAGACCCUGCCAGGUGUCCUGAGGGGGUGGGGGAUGGGGACCUGAUUCCCCCUGGAUGAAGAAAGGCUCUGGGGUGAGUGCGCCUCACCCUGCCCCCCUCAGGUUCUCCAGCAGGGACACCGGUGGGUGGGGGUCUGCACACCUGUUAUCUGAGUUCACGUCCGAGUCCUGGUUACGUUGGCGGAGCUGCUUCUCCUUCCCCGCCCCCUGGCAGGCUCACGCUAUGCCCAAGGCUCCAGCUCCCUCCACGUGAGUUCUUAACGCAGGGACGUUGGGUGCGAAUUCCAUCCCGUCUUCCCUUUGUUAGCCUUGUUAGCCGAGUACAACGCCAUGGACUCGCCCCAGGUCUUCAUGAGGCAGCUGCCCGUCACCCCAGGCUACAGCGGCUUCAUCCCCUACCUGAGCUGCGAGGGCACCUCCAGCGAGGACCACAUGUCCCGCUGCCUGCAGGCCUUCCGGGAGAAAACACAGCGCUACAAGGACCAGCAGAAGGAGUUCUGCCACGCGGUGGCCAUGGACCCCAAACUGAAGCCCAUCUGCCGGGAGGAAACGGUCCUGCGGGUGCUGCACCAGUACUACCAGGAGCACCACCCCUUGCUUCUGGAAUGCCGACACCUGAGGAAGCCUCUGGAGGAGCCCCCGAUCCCCGGCUGGGCGGGCUACCUGCCCAGAGCCAGGGUCACCGAGCUGGGCUGCGCCACCCGGUACUCGGUCAUGGCCAAGAACUGCCACCGGGACUUCAUGGACCUCCUGGAGCGGUCCGAGAGAGCGCACCUGAAGCCCUAUGAGGAAAUAUACGGAGGGAGGUCCACGCAGCCUCCUCCUGCUCCUUCUCCAAAAGUUUUGCAGCACGAAUGGCUGCCGAAAUACCCGGACUCUUCCGUACCAGACAGCAGCUGUCCUGGCCUUGGAAUGCCCCCGACCGAGCACCCCCGGCCUUCGGGGACGUGUGGCUGGGCUCAGAGACCAAAUCAGUGGUGCAACAGGAAGCUCUAUCUGGAGCCAUUGUCCUCAGCCAAGAGCCACCUCGGAGAGCCGCCCAGGGAGAGUGGACUCUAGGGGGCGCUCAGGAGCUCCCAGUCUCCCAUGAGAACCUGCCCCCUUCAUCCCCCAGCAGGACU